AUGCUGAAAUUCACUGUUGGACCAUUUCGACACUACCUGCUCAAUGAAUCCUUAUAUUUUAGACCUUUUUUCCCUUCCAGUAAGUCUCAAAGACAAGCAAAUGCAACUGGGACAAAAAACUGUAAAGCUACAGAGUCAUCAGACCUGAAGCGUGUGUGUUACUACAGUAAUUGGGCGAAGUACCGCCCCGCACCGUCUACUUUCUCCCCGGAAAUUAUCAACGCAUCUCUGUGUACUCACAUCAUAUACGCCUACGCUGAACUAAAGGAUAAUGACAUCCAUAUGUACGAGGACGAUCAAGGUACAUUACAAAUGUUGCGUGAUAUGCGUAACAUUAAUCCGGACCUAAAAAUCCUGUUAUCCGUUGGUGGCUACGCCCAGGGCACUGAAGAGUUUAUCAAAACAGUAUCAUCGGAAGAAAACAUCGCUGAGUUUGCAUUCAAUGCUAUGCUGCAUCUCAAUAUGCACCACUUUGAUGGACUUGACUUGGACUGGGAAUUUCCCGGUGAUCAAGGGAUUUCACACAAGGAUCAUUUUACCGCUCUGGUCAAGAGUUUAAUGAAAGCUUUUGAAGUAGAAUCCGAUGCGUACAACGUGGAACGACUACUACUAAGUGCCAGCGUGUCUGCCUACGCUCCUGUAGUCGACCGCAGUUAUGAUGUGGCUGAAAUUUCAAAGUAUCUUGAUAUGAUAAAUCUGAUGGCUUAUGACAUGCAACAAAACACCCACAAUGUGGCGAGAUUCAACAGUCCUCUUUACGGACUUCCGUCUGAUACCGGAAAUGACGUUUAUCGUAAUCAGCACUAUGCGAUUCAACACUGGUUGAACAAAGGCGCCCCAGGAAGUAAACUUGUUGUAGGAUUGGCUACAUUCGGAAGAACCUUUACCCUGGCAGAUCAAUACAUGUACCGAGUCGGGGACCCCGUCACUGGCCCUGGUCUCCCGGGGCAGUACACACAGAAAUAUGGAUUUCUCGCUUUUUACGAGAUAUGUAUGUAUGGUUGGAAUUGGAUGAUGAAUACCGAGCAGAGUGUACCAUUUGCCUGGGAUGGAAAUCAAUGGGUCGGUUACGACGACGUGGAAAGUAUGACAAUAAAGGCGAACUACAUCGUGAACAGUGGACUGGCAGGAGCGAUGUUUUGGUUAGACUACGAUGAUUAUGAUAACGUAUGUGGACAAGGGUUCUUCCCACUUAUCAACUCAGUGAAAUCUGUAUUUAAAUCAAGGUCGGAAACAUUGUCUACUAGUAGCACAUCAACCACACAGAGACCAACGACAACCACACAAAGACCAACGACAACCACACAUAGACCAACGACAACCACACAUAGACCAACGACAACCACACAGAGACCAACGACAACCACACAGAGAUCAACGACAACUACGCAGGCACCAACGACACAACAACCAGGAAGUAAUGGUUGUACAGCCCCAACUCAAUGCGUCGGAUUUUUUAUGGCGGAUCCAUGUAACUCUCGUCGCUAUUACCAGUGCGGUGCCGGAAAUCAAAAGUUUCACAUGUUCUGUAACACUAAUCUAGUUUGGAAUCAAGCCGUGAGGAAUUGUGUCAGGCCCCCAGCUCGACGAACCUUUGCACAAGGUAGUAAGACUAAAGAAGACAAAAGAAAGACGGGAGGUCCAUAUACGAAAAAACAGACAAAGAACAAGGAGAUAGCAAACACGAUAUUGCAGGCAGAUGAGACCUACAACGAAAACGAGAGGCAAGAAAAGAGGAUUAACGAACUGCGUGAACUCAUGAAACUGGUGAAGACGGUGGCGGAGAUGAAACCCCGUAAUGAGGAGAAUUGA